CGUGGGCGCUUCAUUCCUUUUCCGCCAGAGUGUGUGACGCAUCGGCUGACAUUUUUCCCGUGUUGAAUCGUCUUCAAAUGAAAAGGAAAGAAACGCCAUCGUAAACCGGCGCCUAAUUAAUCGUGAACAACCAGAAGAGGACGGCUAACAAAAAGUCCGACGUAGUGCACGUUGCCGUUGGCCCCCUAAUUGCAAGGUAAGCACGCAAAGACCCGAUUAAACCGAUAAAUGCCAGAGACGUCGUUUGGAUCCUCCAGGUGGUGGUGAACAAUUGCGGCCGCGAACAAAAGCAAGCGAAAACAAGCAAAACAAAGCAAACAAAAAAAAAAAACAGAUUUACAGACGGACCUAGGCUUUGGACAAGUGACGCACCGUCGAGCCGGUGAACACAAUGGUAGGAUCUAGAGUUUAUGUAGGUGGUUUGCCGUAUGGUACCAACGAGCGCGACCUGGAACGGUUUUUCCGUGGCUACGGCAGAAUGCGCGACGUCCUCAUCAAGAACGGCUACGGGUUUGUUGAAUUUGAUGAUUAUCGCGAUGCUGACGAUGCUGUAUAUGAAUUAAAUGGUAAAAAACUUUUAGGGGAGCGUGUGACUGUGGAAAGGGCCAGAGGCACGCCAAGGGGUCGAGACCAGUGGUCCACCAGCCGCAAUGACCACCGCUCCCACGAACGCUACGGCCCGCCCACACGCACGAACUAUCGUUUGAUUGUCGAGAACCUGUCCUCGCGGAUCAGUUGGCAGGAUCUGAAAGAUUACAUGCGCCAGGCCGGCGAGGUGACGUACGCGGACGCCCAUAAGCAGCACCGCAACGAGGGCGUCGUCGAGUUCGCCUCGUACACUGACAUGAAAAACGCCAUCGAAAAGCUAGACGAUACGGAACUGAACGGCCGCCGCAUCCGACUAAUCGAGGACGAGACGACGAAACGGCGACGCUCCGGCUCGUACAGCAGCAGGAGCCGUUCGCGCAGCAGGUCGGCGCGCCGUUCGCGCUCGCGCAGCCGAAGCCGUUCUCGAUCCAGGAGCAAGUCGAAGUCGCGUUCGCGUAGCAAGAGCGCCGGCGACAAGGGCAAACGGUCCAAGUCCAGGUCCAGGUCCAGGUCGGUCAAGAAGGACGACAGGUCGCGCUCCAACUCGAGGAAGAAGUCGAACGAGCGGUCCAGAUCUAGGUCGCGUUCCUCCGUCAACAAGCGGUCCAAGUCGAGGGAGGCGUCCAAGGAGAAGUCGCGCUCGCGCUCACGCUCCCUCAGCAAAGGCAACAAGUCCAGGAGUCGAUCGCGUUCGGCCGAUAACUAAUACAAUUAUUACCAUGUUAAUUAUUUAGUAAGUUACAUUUACGAUUUAUUUUAAUGUAUGUAUAUUAGUAACGUUUCCACAACAUCAAGAUUAUUAUU